GGGCAGGGCCGUUCCGAAGUGAUCUUAAAGGGGGAUUGACCUAUAUGUUUCUUGCCGAGUAAGGCCUGAAAAAAUUUUUGCCGACUUAUAUUUCAAAAAAAAACAAAAAAAAGCUCCUCCUUUGGCGACUGCCAAGUAUUAUAUUACUUGAACAAAAAUCAAAGAAAUUUUUAGUUUUUUAAUUUAAUCUUGGUUUUUAAGAAUGAAUUUAAGUUUAAAUUUUAGUAAUACUUUGGCUGGUAUAACAUUAGAUCUGAUACCAAUGUUAGAAAAUAACUCAAAUGUAGAAAUAGUUCAAGUUGUAGAAAAAGAGCCUGCUGAUGAGGCACUAUUAAGUGCAUGGGAGAAUGCAAAAAAUGUUGCAUUACCGAAGGAUUUGAAACAGUUUUAUAGAACAAUGAACGGGCUAGUAAUAAAUUGGAGUGCCAAACAAUGCGGCACAAUAAUUCCAGUUGGGGAUCUAAAAAUAAAUGAAAUCAAUUGUUUAAGUGAGUUAUCUCUUAGCAACUCCUUCAAAUCUACUGGUAGCUUUCAGCUAGAAGAUUUAGAUGAGGAUGAAGAUGAAUGUAACAGCAAAAUUCCUCGAAAAGUUACUUUUAAAGAUAAAUGUUUUGAAAUAUCUUCUUGUGAAGGAAAAGUUUGUUUGGUUUAUAAAAAUGUUUCCACUUGCUGUAGAAUGUGCUGUGCAGAAUCAUUUGGAAUUUGGUUUCUAGAUCGUUCAUUGAGAUGGCACUAUCUGGCAUCAACAUUUCAGCAGUAUCUUCGAAUGGCAGUUGUUCAUAUGGGUAUUAAAGGGUGGCAAUAUCUCUUUACUGAUGCUCAAAUUAGUCCAGAAACAAAGUAUUGGUUCAAUUUGUUCAUACCUCAACGUCUUCAGGUUAGAAAUGAUGAUAGUAAAGAAGGGAUUCUAAUACCAGACCAACAGUAGUGUGUGUGUAUAUAUGUAUGUAUGUAUGUGUGUAUGUAUGUAUGUAUGUAUGUAUGUAUGUAUGUAUGUAUGUA